CGCGGAGUCGCGCGCAGAACGAGACGCUGCUCGUCUUUCAAACCGCCGCGGUUUGUUUUGACACGCUGGGUGGGUUAUCAGUCUCUAGAGUGGAAACCACGACAACAGCGCUAACAAACAGGUUGCGUGAUGCUGGAACCAGUGCAGAUCCGUCGGAGAGGUGCUCAGGAUUUUGAAGGUUACUAUGAUCACUUGUGUGCGGCUCAGGGGUCGGCUCCUGUCCGUGCGGUGAAAGCCAGCCUGAGUCGGGGGAUGUUAGAGUUCAACCCUGAUCGCGUCAGUUUGUCGGACUGGACGCCCAUCCUGUCAGCCCUGGCCGUCAACAAACACCUCCAGCGUGUUGCUAUCAAGAGCUGCCACCUCACCGGCACUGGAGCUCAAAGUUUUUACAGGUCUCAUAGUAAGAAGAAGGCCCCUGUGAUUCAUUCCAAGAAUGUGACUUAUCAGUUGUGCAAGUCUGUGCAAAAGUGCCUGUGUGAGAGCAGCAGCCUAAAGACCCUUCAGCUGCACGGCCUGCCACUGAGAGAGAGGGACCUCACAGCUCUCACAAAGGGCUUAGCUAAAAGUGUGUCACUGGAGCACCUGUCUUUAGCACACUGUCCAAUUGCAGAUCAGGGUUUGGAAGUCGUCUGUCAGAGUGUGAAAUAUUCCUCAACGAUCAAGACAGUGGACUUCACUUCCUGUAAUAUCACCUGGCAGGGAGCAGAGCAUAUGGCGAAUAUUAUAAAGCACCAGGCGAUGAGGCGGCACGGCACGGCGUGGGUGGAGACUUUGCGCUACAGGAAAGCCGAGUUUGAAGCCAUGAGCGGACUGCGCAGAAUCACUCUCAACGACAACAUCCUGAUCGGAGACCGAGGAGCGAUGGCGCUCUCCCGCGAGCUUACAGAGGACCUGUGGGUCAAAGCGCUGGACCUGCAGCGUUGUGGGAUCUCGAAUGAAGGAGCUCGAGUUCUGGAGCAGAUGCUUCAGGCCAAUUCCACUCUGUGUGUGCUUGACAUCAGGAGAAACCCUCUUGUCGAUAAUAAUAUGGUGAAGGCUGUGCUCAAAAAAGUUCUUAUGAACACUAAAAGCCACGACUCACAGUAUCUGUGGCUUAAACCUCCUUCUCCCAGAAGCGCUCUUGAUCAGUCGCGGCAGUCGAGGAGAAAGAAUGCAGGAAAAGCUACGCAUCGAUCUGGUUCUCGCCGCCUGUCGUCUGUAAACUGUGUGUGGAGGCCUCCUCGACCGGGUUCGGUGGGGUAUGUCCCGUGGCGCACCGCUGCGAGGGCUGACUUACAAAGAUGCGCCUCACAGGCUGAUGGGCCCACAGACCAGAGUUUUCAAAACGCCACGUCUGUGCGGGUGACUGUCGAGACGGAGUCAGAGGCGGAGGAGGUGGAUGGUGCAGAUGGACCUCAGGAGAAAAUCACAAGCUGCCAGUUCAGACGACUACAGAGGGAGAAUAAUCGAUUACAGGUGGAGCUGGAAGAGUGUCGCCUGAGGCUGGCAGAAGAGAGGAACAACAGGCUGAAAACCAACUCUCGCUUGGUGGAGCUGGAACUGGAGAAUGAGCGUCUGCGCAGUCUGAAUCAAUCCCUGUCUGAAGCCCAUCUCAGCACCUCUGCUCUGGAGGAUGAACGUGUGCUGGAAAGCAUCGAAUCCUCCUUCCAGAAAUUCCACGCAUUCCUAGACCUGCUGAAAGACGCUGGGCUCGGCCAGUUUGCGUCUAUGGCUGGAAUAGACCAAUCAGACUUUGGUCUUCUUGGGCAUCCUCAGCUCUCCUCAACAGAGAGGACACACGCCGACCAAGAACUUCAGAGAAAUGGGGAGAGGAGUCAGAGUUUAGCACUGGCAGACAUCCCUCAGCCUGAAUCCAGGACUCACUCAGAACCUCCUGCUAACACGGAAGACUUCCCCGGCUCUCAAUCUCAGCAGGAAGUGCCUCUAAGUCCAGUGGGCUUGUGUCGAGCCUCCCCAGCGUUACAGGAUCGGCUUGAGUUUGAGGCCCCCGAGAGCAGCCGAGAGUCCUCUUACUCUUCAAACCCCCGGAGGGCCGGCGGAGGCUCUCGCUCGGGCGGCUCGGUCAGCAGUGUGAGUCCUCGGUCCUCCAGAGCCAACGGCUCCGUGUGCUCGGCCCUUGACUCCAGAGCGUCUGGUCUGUCUCGGUUGGCUUCAGGCGGACAGAGCGCUUCAGGAAGCCAGAGAAGCGCUGCGGGACUGAUGGGGUUUUAGAGCUGAGGGGAUCUUGAAGAGCUUCUCCGGAAUAUCGGUGGCUGCUGUCAUCUUCAUCUGUCCAGUGUGUGUUGAGAACCAUCCUGAGAGAACCCUUUUAUUGUUUGUAUGUUUGAGAGGCUGAUGUUCUACGUGGCAGAUAUUAAUGCCGUUUAGUUGUAUAGGCUAUGAGUUUGUAGUUCAGUGACACUAAGGUUAUUAUUUAAGAGAUUUUGACAGAUAUUUUUUUUGUAUUGCUAAAUCGACUGAUUUGUGAUUUGAUUAAAAAAUGUGAAAUCAAA